CCGUAUCUUGGAACACCCAGUUUUCCGUUUUUCACUGUCCCUCUUCCCUUCCCACCAUCCCACCCUGACAGCCUCCUAACCACCUAUUCCCUACUUAUGAGUCAGUAUUUCUAGGUCCCGCGCGGGCCCUUUUCCUUUCUCCUACCGUCAUACCACUCCGGAAACCUCCAGAGUGCUACCUCUCGUAGACCAUGCCGUCGUUCAACCCUUUCACCCCGGUGUCUGGGCGCUACACGCUCUUCGAGAUCCGGCUCGAGAACGACUUCAUCGUUUUCCGGGGCAACGAACACGAAGCCGCGGGCCAGCUUCUCAAGGGCACAGUCGUCCUUUGUCUGUCGGCGCCGCUUAGACUCGAAAACAUCCACCUCAAGCUAACAGGCACUGUUCACUAUACCUGGACCGAUGCCAAGGUGACGGCCACUGGCAUUUCCACCCACAAAGUCGACAAGGCGUUGCAGAUUCUGGAGCACCGAUGGCCGCCAUUCGUAGGGAUCGGAGCGCCAGACCCAGCAGGGGACGGCUCUCGUCAGCAGACAAAGGGCACCACGUUGCCGCCGGGAAACUACGAAUGGCCGUUCGAGUUAUUGCUGGGGGGCGACACCACCGAGAGCGUUGAGGGGAUGCGCGAGGCGAGCAUCAUGUACAAGCUGAAGGCGACGAUAGCGCGGGGCAAGCUCCUGCACGACAUACACGCUUACAAACAGUUGCGUGUCAUUCGAACUCUCGAUGCAUCGGCGCUCGAGUUCCUCCAUGCCAUGAGCAUUGAGAACAUAUGGCCCAACAAGAUCGAGUACUCGAUUGUCGUGCCGCAGAAGGCGAUCGUCUUCGGCAGCUCCAUCCCGGUCGAGAUGAGAUUUACCCCGCUCUUGAAGGGCCUCGAGCUCGGCGACAUCACGAUCAAACUGCUCGAGGUCCACGACAUCAUCCUCACUUCACAGACGGGUCACUCCAUCAGGGAACACAAGAAGGAGAGGGAAAUCGACAUGUGGACCCUUUCCGUGAGCAGAGAGGAACAUUGGCGAGACAUCAUCGACGGCGAUAACGGCCCAGAGGGCUGGGUGGUGGACACGUCGCUGGACCUGCCUAAGAAGCUGAGCCAGUGUCUCCAGGACGUGAACACCCAGGGGAUCAAGAUCCGGCACAAGCUGAAGAUAGUGGUGGCACUCAAUAACCCUGACGGCCACGUUUCAGAGCUGCGCGCGACGCUGCCCGUGACGAUUUUCAUCUCGCCAAACAUGCCGCUAGACGAGGAGGGCAACCUCGUCCGCCUACUGCCCAAUGGAGCGUCGAGAGAGGCGGCUACCAUGGCGCCGCCGAGUUACAAUGACCAUCGGCUGGACCAGCUCUAUGAGGAUAUCGACCUCAUCAACCUCCACUCGCCCAUCGGUGGCCGGUCAGGGGUGAGCAGCCCGUUGCUCGGCCACUCGAGGGCGGGCUCGACCGACAACCUCCCGGCUUUGGUGCAGGGCGCCUCCGUCCAUCCGGACCUGCUUGCGCAUAGGUUGCACAGCAUGUCGUUGGAGGAGCGGCAUAGGAACGCCUCGUGGAACUCCAAUCUCUCGGCAGCGGGAACCUUGCCCAGGACAGGCACAAGCAACGCGGCGCACGCCGGUGAUGAAACUCGCAUCUCACCCCCGCCUUCGGCGCCGCUUACGCGGCAAAAUAGCGGCGACGGGCCGUCGGGAUCCAGCACGCCGCCCGAGCACGUCGACUUUCCGCAGAUCUCGGAGCUGUCCCGAGUGCCCAGCUACCAAACGGCCGUGAAGACACCGGUCCGGCCGUUGGCCACGGACAUGUUCGACCUCCCAGACUACGAGACGGCCCUGAGUACGCCCAGCUCACGACCUGGGUCGCCUCGGCUUAGCGUGAUUGUGCCGCCGCCGGGCGACAGCCUGGACACCAUCACGGCAGCGGUACACGAGACGCUCCCGGCGUCAAGUCACGAGCCCGCGCCGGCUCCGGAUACGGCACCGGCUCUCGCCCCUGCUCCCAUUACUGCUUCCGCCUCCGCCUCUGCUCCGGUUUCGAGAGAACCCAGCCAGCCACCGCCGACGCAAAGCCGCCGGCCUCACAGGCGACAGUUCUCUGCGAAUCUCUCCCUCUCGAAUGUCCUGCACAUUUGGGGAGAGGGGGACGAGGCCCGCCGGGUCCACUUGCUGCAGGCACGCAGUGGGUAGUAUGGGGCUCGGCCGGCUGGUCGCAAGGAGCCACCGGUGUCCGCACACUGUGCCGCGGCGCGUGCAUAAUCCUGUAUAAGUGUACCGCGUUCUAUUUCUUUUCUGUUGCAUCGCAUGGCUUGAACGGCGUUUCUCGGGGAUGGUGGUCUCUUUGGAUUUUUUGGGAAGGGGCAAUAAACUACGGUACCUGG